AUGAAGUUCCUCGCUACUCUCCUCAGCUUGGCCGCCACGGCCUCAGCCAUUGACCUCUAUCUUCAUACCAACAACAACUGUGGAGACGACUCCCUUCGCUGCAACGGCUUGAACCCGGACACGUGCUGCGGAUUUGUGACCAGCAGCAGUCCCUACCAGUCCAUUGCUGUCCGCGGCAUUCCUUCGGGCUGGAACCUUCAAGGCAGGGGCUAUGACGGCAACAACUGCAACCGCCUACAGACAGUGUCGGGCAACAAUGGCAAUGAUUGGAUUUGUAAUCGCUCCAAUGGAUUCCGCUACACGGGCGCUGGCUACAACUUUGUUGGCCGAAAGCGAGCUGAGGGGGCUGGUGGUGCAGCAUCCAACUGUCAGCGACCGAAUGCCUUGGUCUUGGCCAACGGUACUGAAUACGACCUGACCACCCUCGAGGACCCUGAGUUCGAAGAACUCAUUGCUACUGGCUUCGACAUUGAAAAGUCCGCGGAGACUUCACAGAAGUUGCAGCCGCUGAGGAUCAAGUGA